AUGGUGAGCGACGAAAAAGCUAACGCCAUUAACCGCACAAGAUAUGGAAAACAUUCUUCGGCCUUACGGUAUGACAGCUCACUCCAUAAAGAGAGGAGCUUUGGCCCACGCCGCGGCAGCAGUGGUCGAACACCAUCUCGACCCAAGAUUAUUAACGCAGUUAGGGAAACAUGCCGAUCCCAUGGAACUCCCACGCAGCACAGUGCGUUAUCCGGGCCAUUGGGCCGCAACAAUAAACAAAUCAGCACUCCUGACAUCAUUGAUGAAAGAGAAUUGGAAAAAUGGGAAUUGCCAGAAUUUACAAGGCAACAUUUCUGCGCCCCCUUCAAAGGGCAUAAUAUUCUGCAACGAUCACACCGCACCAGGGUGGCAACGAAAGACGAAGAAGCACGAUUACCGUUACAACAAAUAAACAUAGGAACGCUGUCCACCCAUUGGAUUAGAGAACGCCUGAACAAUAGCGCCUGGGGGCGUUGGGACGAGGUGUGGAAUAUUAUGCAGAAACCCGAGUUUCACGCCAGACGGCGUGAAUCCAAUGAAAGAAUUAACAACGCCGAGGCGCAGCGUAUGAAGGAAGCAGGAAUUAUUUGUACAGCUUCAUCACGCCCAACCACAGGAUGGGUAGUACCGUUUGCGGUAGUGGGGGAAAAACCCUCCGGGCAGAGAAGGCGUUUCAUUGCUUUGCCAAGAGAGAAGAAUGACAAGGAUUAUUAUGAGGCUGAUGUUCCUCUGGGACACAUUUCCCGAUACCUGGAUGUAGUUUACGACAAAACUGUAACUUUAUUUGAUUUAAAGGCGUCAUUUUACCAGGUAGCUCUCCUAGUUAACAUACGGAGCAAGUUUCCGUUGCCGAACGGAAUAAGGAGAAUUAGUGGAGUUCACUCGCCUUCGCAUUGGUUAUAA